AUGGUAAGUGGAAGGGAGGCAGAGAUUUGUCCAAUUUGCACGCUUUUUGUUUGUUUCUCUCUGUUGCUCAACAGAGUUGCAGCUGCUUUCUCUAUCGUUUCCGUUUGUUUCACAAAAUUAUCGAUUGUUUUUAUCGUCAGUAUUUAUCGUAUCGUUGCGUUUGCAGGCGUUCUCACUUUCAACGUUUUCACUAUGCCGCUGCAUUUCGACGUUAUGCGUUCCAGCCACGAGAGACGUAUACAGCAACUGGAGCAGGAGGUUCUUGAUUGUUGCCGAGAACUUAAUAAGCUAAAGAAGGAGAAACAAUUUCUGGAGAAUCAAGAUAUGUUCAUCAACUAUAUGAGGACCGAGACGCAUUUAAUUUGGAAAUUCGACAUGAGCGAGUUUCCAGUGAAAAACAUCAAACUGGAGCUUAAGAAUAAAUGCAUCAAACUGCAAGCCUAUCGCAAGCAGAAGGGUCAGUUUAUGGAGGUCUACAGAAAGUUCCUGUUACCAGACAUUGUUGAAAUCGAUCUGAGCGCUAAAAUGGCCAUCAAUGGUAUUCUGACCAUACAGGCUCCAUUAAAGGCGACAGGUGACUAAGCUGCAGUCAAAUUUUGGAUUAUAUCUUUCUCACCUACCUCAGCUCAAAAUGGGGAUGACUUUAUUUUCUAAUAAAUGCUUUGCUAUACUUUCGUAAAGUA